CACUUACCUUCUUCACAAAGUAGUAGCUGGCAACAGCGCUUCUCUGACACAAUGUUAACGGCGACUCACACCGAAGCUCCUCAAGCAAGUCGGAGAAAUAAAGACUUUUACUUCGACAUUGUCACUUUCAAAGUGGAGAACGAGUUCUUCAGAGUACCAAGUCUAUACUUCAUGAAGGAAUCGGAUUUCUUUAAAGGGAUGUUUCAGCUACCAGUGGCAGAGGGGGCAGUUGCAGAUGGCCACAGCGAAGAUCAGCCACUAUUGCUCGAAGGAGUCCUUGCGAAGGAUUUCAACUCCCUCCUCCGGGUGAUGUUUCCAUCAUCAGUCGGACAGGAGGAGACCCUCAACGCAGAGGAAUGGGAAGGAGUCCUCAAACUCGCCGAUAUGUGGCAAAUGGAGUACUUCAAAACACGGGCCAUAUCCAAACUCAGAGAAAUCCUCUUCAGGGAUCCUGCAACGCGCAUCGUACACAGCAGGAAAUAUAACAUCGACGAGUGGCUCCUCCCAGCUUACGAGCAACUGGUAACCCGCUCGGAUCCCAUCACCAUUGAAGAAGCGAACCUGAUAGGACUGGAGACCACCCUCAAGCUCUGUGCCAUCCGGGAAUCCUAUGUCCUCAAAGUCGGCGACGAUUAUGGUUACGGCAGAUGGGUUCUGCAGACGAGGCGCGGAAAUAUCGACACCCCUACUGCUGCUUUGCCUUUGCGAGUUCGAAUGAAGAAGGAUUUUGGAAUGGACCUUGAGCUUGACGAAUCGGACCUCUUACUUCAGACAUCUACACCGGUUAGAGUACGAAGUAGCACCUUCACCGUUGAUAGCCCAUGA